GCCCUUUUUUCCAGAUAAAGUUAACUUGACACGUAAACCGGAAUGAGGUGGUAGAUGUUUGCAUAAAUUGUGAGUCACUCAGUGGGAAAAGUCCGUCUUCGUUGAGACAGUCUGACUGCUGCGCCACAUCAUCCUAAACAUGACCAAACACGAGUUUGCUGUGACUAUGACGUGUGAAGGAUGCUCAGGAGCUGUCAGCAGAAUCCUCAGCAAGCUGGGAGAUGUAAAGUUUGAAAUCGACCUGCCGAAGCAGCUGGUUUGGAUCGAGUCUGACAAAGACGUCGAAUUUCUAAUGGACACCUUGAAGAAGUGCGGAAAGGAGGUCAAGUACAACGGCACCAAAUGAUGAAGCUCCAGGAUUUGGACACUUGUGGUGCAAAAUGAAGAAGCAGUGCUGGCUGAAGGGGUAAUUUAGUAAUCUUGUAUGAGUGUGUGGUCUACUGCAGAGCAAUGCCAAGAAGUCAUUGUAGACAUCAGUGUCAUCUGUAAAACCACUUUUUCCAUUUCUUCCACAAUGGCAUCCCGCCUUCAUCCAUGCCACCGUAGAGCUGUAAAAAAAAAAAAAGACAGUAAAUGUGCUGAAAAUCAUGUGUUUAAUGACUUUUACAUCCACUCUGCUU